ACCUUUCGUUUAUUUGAAAACACUUCAGCGAAGCAGCGUCGUGCCCGUCUUCCGUAAUAUAUUGGACUAACCUUUAUACACACACACAUACACACUACCGCUCAGCACUACCGCUCAGUGCUAUGAUCAUCUUGUAGAUACGGUGUAAGACUGCGUUUUUUCCCCAAUAGAAAAGAAGGACGCACUCACGUACUGCAUUUACAGAAACGUCUCUCCGAGGCAAUAACAGCGCAACGAAGCGGUCGUCAUUGAGCAACCUUCAAAGACACCGGCAUUCAUUUGUGUAAACGGGUUCCAAAUGUGACAGUGUGUUAUUACCUAGAAUUGAGGGGCAAAAACAGUAGAAGCGCUUAAAAAGGAGGUGCAUCACACAUUUGCCGUUAGCAGUGUAAUACCAACAUGGACAAUUCACUGGCGGAAUUACCAACUGAGCACUGCUGACAUGUUACAAAAAUAAUAAUAAUAAUAAUUGAAGCAGGACCUAAUCGCUAUACGCAAUUCUGCAAGUUGGAACAACCCGACUUUAAAGGACUUCUUAAUUCUGCCGGGUCACAGGCACUAACCUGAUACAGACAGGCAGCACCGGCAUAGAAAGCAGAUCGAGAGAUAAACGCCUAAUUUGUUUAAUAAUGUAUGCGGAUGUAUUUGCAGUUGUGAGACUAUAAAGACAGCGAUGCAGCUCUCAUAGAUUCGUCUUCCACGCCGUGUGUGCUUCUUUUUCAAAUAGCUCCACACGACCCCUCUAUCAAUAACAGAGACGCAUUGACGUGGUAUAUUUGAUCUAUCGGAAUAGCAGGUGGGAUUUUUCUCAAAUCGACGCUUCUCUUUGUACAGCCACGCUAAGGCAGGAUUCCUAAGGACCCCGCGUCUUUUUAUAGAUUUGCAGACUACAGAAGCUGUGCAGCUCUGCCCAGUUAAUGUCUCUGGCAGCAUCAACUGCUACUUUAAUUGAACUUCAGCUGGCAGUUUAGUAAGAGAACCACAGCCGGUGAAUUCCAGUACUAACACGAGCCGCACUGUAUCCUUCCUGUGAGUCAAACCGCUCAGCGGAAUAACAACAUAUAGCAGGCGUGCUGCAAUAGAAAGGCUGGAAGAUGAAUCCAGUGCAGAAGGACCAAAGGAAGCAGGGACCACGUGUUUCCCCACCAGGGCGAUCGAACAGAGUGGUGCCAGCCGCUGAACCCAGGGCAUCCCCCAUGCAGGGGCCUGCUGCGCCACACCAACUAAAGGAACCCAAACCCAUUGGGGCAGAGGGGCCAGAGAAAUCCAGACAACUCUCCCCAGCUGUGGCAACAGAGGGAGUCCCCAGAUCCCAGCAAGCAGAACCCUGCAGACCAACUGCAACCCAAGUGAGGGGGUCUGGGGAACCGGAGCCAGAUGAAUCUAGCGGGUCAAAACCAGUGGCAUCCAGGGACCCAGUCCCCAAACCGCCAGGACCUGUGCAGUCCAGUCGACCCCGGCCCACAGUACCUGGGGGACCUGGUUCUGUGGGAUCCAACAGACCUCGGCCUGUGGGAUCAGGGGAUCCAAUGCGGCGGGGUCCUGGAGCUCCUAGGCCGGCUAAUUCAGGAGUUUCUCAGCCAUCCAGUCCGAAUCCUGGUGGACCAGCCGGGAAACCCUCAGUCCCUCCGCCCAGCUCGGGGGAAUCACAGCCUGCCAGAGGGGCUCAGACAGUCCCUGAAGCCAGACCACCCGGGACACAGCCUGACAGAGCUCUCCCUUCCUCUGCUGGGUCUGCUGGGACAGGGACUGGGAACUUGCAACCCCAGAGAGUAACAGGGGAGCUAAGGGAUCCCGACGAUGAGGACUUCAGGCUACACAUUGUCACAUGGAACGUGGGUUCGGCUGUCCCUCCUGACGAUGUCACUUCCCUCUUGGGUCUUAACGUGGGGGAUGGGAAAACAGACAUGUACAUCAUUGGGCUACAGGAAGUGAACUCCAUGAUCAAUAAACGCCUCAAAGAUGCAAUCUUUACUGACCAGUGGAGUGACCUGUGUAUGGAUACACUGAGCCCCUUCGGAUAUGUGCUUGUGACGUCACAGCGGAUGCAGGGCGUUUUCUUGCUGGUGUUUGCCAAGUACUACCACCUGCCCUUCCUGAGGGGUGUGCAGACAGAGAGCACUCGCACUGGCCUCGGAGGAUACUGGGGUAAUAAAGGAGGGGUCAGCGCCCGGAUGGCUAUUUUCGGUCACAUGGUCUGCUUCCUGAACUGCCACUUGCCAGCGCACAUGGAGAACUCGGAGCAGCGCAUGGAAGACUUCGAGAGCAUCCUGCAGCAGCAACAGUUUGAGGGGCAGUCUGCCAACGGAGUGCUCGAUCACGAUGUUGUGUUUUGGUUCGGGGAUUUGAAUUUCCGGAUCGAAGAGCUCGACAUGCACUUUGUGAAGUUAUCGAUCGACGGCAACAAACUCUCCACCCUGUGGGAGAAGGACCAGCUGAACAUGGCAAAGGAAUCCGAGACCGUCCUGGUGGGGUUUCAUGAGGGGCCGCUCAAAUUCCCCCCGACGUACAAAUUCGAUGUGGGGACCAACACCUACGACACCAGUGCUAAGAAGCGCAAGCCAGCAUGGACAGACAGGAUCCUCUGGAAGAUUAAACCUUUUGAGUCAGUCUUACCUUCUCGGACUCCCCCAUCGAAGCAGAGCUCGGUGGCACAACUGACCAGCGGGGUGACAGUGACACAGCACAGCUACCGCAGCCACAUGGAGUACAUGACCAGUGACCACAAGCCUGUCUCUGCCAUCUUCACGCUCAGGUUCCCCUACAAGGUGGACCUCCCACUGGUCCAGUUCUUUGUGGAGGAUGAGUGGACCAAGGUGUCAGACGCCAUUGUGAAGUUCAGGAUGGCAUCCAGCUUCCCUCGCAGCUCCUGGGACUGGAUCGGCCUCUACAAGGUGGGGUUCAGACACCACAAGGACUAUGUGGGGUACGUGUGGGCCAAGCAGGAGGACUCAGACAGUGUGAAGCAGCAGUGCCAGGUGGCGUUUGGCGAGGAAACUCUUCCCAAAGGGUCGGGCGAGUACAUCUUGGGUUACUAUAGCAACAACAUGAGCACCAUCGUGGGCGUGACGGAGCCCUUCCAGAUCAUGCUGCCCAGUUCCCUACCCAGCUCCAGUCCCUCAGACAGCUCUGACUACAGCUCGGAGGACGACAGCACCCUGGUCCUGCUCCGGCCCAAGUCCCGCAGCCCCAGCCCGGGCAAGGCCAAGCAGAGAGGCCGACGGAGCCGCAGCCGAAGCCCAGCGCUGCCCAAACUGCAGGCCCUCAACCUGCGGCCACACUCCAGGGAGACAGACAAGGACCGCAGCCCCUCCCCCCGCAUUGGACACCGAGCCAAGAGAGAACGGCUCGUGUGUGAACCGGAAGAGUCCCCAAGCAGCUCUGCCCCACACACCUGCAACAGCCCUGGCACGCCUGGGAUAGAGGUCAGUGCCCCCGAAGCUCAGGGGGACAAGGGCACCAUCGGGGAAAAGAAACCCCAAGAAAAUGCUCUCUCUGGGGGGAAGGCUUCAGGCGAGUCCAAGGCUGCAGGGUUGUGACAUGCUCACGGUCAUGUAAGAGAGAAAAUAGACGGUUUCCGGGCCCAGACGAGGCCAAAGAAUGAUUUUCAAAUGGCGGCUAACUGGAAUGGACAGACUUUUCCGGUUUAUUUAUUUCUCCCUGUGAAGAUUUCCUGACGUCCAUCAUUUGUGAUCUUGAAUCGCUGACAGCGAAAGUGUUUCUGUCUGCCUCACUCUCUAUCUGCUCUCCCUCUCUCUCCCUCUGUCUGCCCUAUCCUUACCUCUGUUCUUCUGCUACUCUUCUUAUCUUCCUCCUGUUAUAGCAGAUCUCCCUUUACAAAACCUUAACAAGCACACAUCCUGUCUGGUACAGCUAUGGUACACCCCACACCAGUGGAAUCGUAAAGACCCUGCAUUAGGGAGACCUAGCAAGCUAAUCAAUUUCUCUCCCCCUCUCUCUCUCGCUCUCAUCGUUACCUGGGUAAUAAUGUGAGUUAACCCAAGUGCACCUUGCCCAGGACUAGGGUUGCCAAUAUUUUUCCAUAUUUCACAUCAGCAUUAGAAUUGUGCAGAAAUGAAUUCAGCAUUACGAUAAUGUUUGUAAAUCAAGUGGUUGUUGCUGGUUGAACAAAAGUAUCACAGAACUGAUUCUGCAUUGCAGUAGCACCAUACUUGUGAAAUGCAUUUAACAAAUGGCAUGCAUUGUUUUGCAUAAGAAAAUUGCAUCUUUGAAAAAAGGAUAAAUGGCUAAAUGUUUAUUAAAAAGGGAUGACUCUUGCAGUACAGUUGGCAAUCCUAACCCUGGUGUAGAGAUGCUGCCAUGCCGUCACUUCAUCCAGUUGAUAUCACUGUUUAGCACUGGACUAAUCUCUCUCCCCUUUCCCAAUACUUACUAUAUCUAAAUCUCUCAUCAAGGUCCAGACUGUUGUACUCAGUAGUGAACAUUCGUAGCUUGUGAAUGUGAGCAGAGCGUGGCUGUGGCCCAGACUCACCACAGCCAUGCUGAGUGCUGUGCACCUUUCUGUUUAAAUUGAAUAAAUCUCUAAAUCUCUGUACAAAGUGCGGUUUUGUUUUUCAUCCUCCCCAAGAAUGCAUGUAGCAUGUAGUAUAAACUGUGCUUGGCCUGUAGGGAAAUUCUUAAACACAGUGGUGGUCCCAG